UGUCAUGAGGAUGGCAAAGGUAUUAUACGAAUAAAUACAAACGUUCGUACAUGUGGGUAUAUAAGCAUAUUCUAAGUUAUACUAACACACGUAUGUAUUUGUAAAUAUUCCCAACCACUAAAAUAGACAAGUCGUAAAAAACGUUAGAUACCGGGAAAUAAAUAAAUGCAUAAUCAAAUGUUUGUGAAAUAUCUGCGUCGCUGAUUUAUUUGAUCUGGAAUUGACACUCGCCCUACUUGCGUAUACUGAACUCCUGCCGUGAUUUACAUGCCCACUUCAGGUAUAAAAACGAUAGUAAAUCUUCACAGUUCAUCAGUUGUUUUCUGCAAUCCUUGGAGAGCUUUCAUAUUUCAUUGCAACGCACUUAAAUAAAAAACAUAAAAUGGUCAAGCUUUUGUGCAUUGCUCUCGCUUUAACUUUGAGCUCGAUAUUCAUUUCAUCUCAAGCUCUGCCAACUCCGGAUGAGGACCGUUUCAUGGAAAAAGAAUACAACCGCGAAUUAUUAAAUUGGCUCAACUCAAUGCAGUACCCACAGCCCUAUGCCGUGCCUUGCAAAUACUAUCCAAUCAACAGUUUGACAGGACCAGUACCUAAAAGAAAUUCCGAAUUGAUCAAUUCACUUCUUAGCCUGCCAAAGAGUAUGAACGAGGCUGGAAAGUGAAUCACUCGUGCA